CAGCCCAACCAAUGUGUAACCACUUUGUCACCAGGGCUCCUGUCAUAUUGAGGAGGGAAUUUAAUUUUAACCAUCUCUUUCUGACAAGUUUUUACAAUCUACUGUGUGUGGAUGGCAAGAUUGGCAGUGCCCCAAUUGGCUAUUACUUGGACCUCUGCCCCACUUUCAGGGAUACCCUAUUAAUUUAGGUCCCGAAAUCUUUAUGUUUUGGGCCUCUCAAUGAUCUUACCUAUGUAUUUGAAAGGAUGUUUGUAAUAUUUUAUUCAGCAUAUCCAACAGAUGUUUUGUAGCAGGAUUUUAAAAAGUUUUUUCAUCUUUCAUGUUGUGAAAAAUGAAAUUACAUUCUUCCUCUAAGAAUUUAAAAUGAUGAUCUCCUGUGAUUCUUAGGCAUACAAAAAAUAGCUCAUCUUAGAAAUGAUAAGUCUGUGUCUUCUAGCCGUAAAGGUACACUAACCACGGGAUGGAACUUUUCAAGAAUUUUAUGAAUUAUGGUCAUUUAUAACGAGAUGUCUUUUCCUUUUUUCUUUACAGCACGGCUUUCAGGGCAUAAGUGCUAUACGAUUGGUUGUCCUUGCCAUUAAAAAUGCAACCAGAUGUGUUCUUGGAUGAGAUUAAGAUGAAAUCGACGGACUUCCUGACAACGAGAUACAUAGACAGCUGGGGCUUUGGAAAAGUGUCUCUGUGUUUUCACAAAAUCCAUCGAAAUGUGAUACUGAAAAACGUGUACACAGGGCCUAAGUGCAUUGAGUAUGAUGAGUCCCUCCUUGAAGAGGGGAAGAUGAUGCACAGAUUGAACCAUCAUCGGGUAGUGAAGCUCCUUGGUGUCAUCAUGGAGGAAGGCAGCUACUCUCUUGUGAUGGAGUACAUGAAGAAAGGCAAUCUGAUGCAAGUGCUGAAAUGGGAGAUCAGCAUCCCCCUCUCAGUAAAAGGAAGGAUAAUUUUGGAGACCAUCGAAGGAAUGUGCUACUUACAUGGAGAAGGGGUCAUACACAAAGAUCUGAAACCUGAAAACAUUCUUGUUGAUGAUGACUUUCACAUUAAGAUAGCUGAUUUGGGUGUUGCUUCCUUUAAAAUGUGGAGUAAGCUGACCAAAGAGGAGCGUAACGAGCAGAGGAAAAUGAACAGCGCCUCCAAGAGCAGCGGUGGGACACUCUGCUACAUGGCGCCUGAGCAUCUGAAUGAUGUCAACGUAAAGCCCACGGAGAAAUCAGAUGUAUACAGCUUUGCCAUAGUACUUUGGGCAAUUUUUGCCAACAAAGAGCCCUAUGAAAAUGCAAUCUGUGAACAGCAGUUGAUAAUAUGCAUUACAUCUGGGAACCGGCCGAAGGUGGAAGACAUCAUUGAGUACUGCCCAAAGGAGAUUAUUGCCCUUAUGAAGCAGUGCUGGGCAGCAAACCCAGAGGUUCGGCCAACAUUUGCUGGCAUUGAAGAAAACUUUAGGUCUUUUUAUUUAAAAGAGUUAGAAGAAAAUGUAGAUGCAGAUGUGAAAAGUUUAAAGAAAUGGAAUCUGGACCAAAAUGCUGUGUUCAAGAGAUUACAGUCUCUCCAAAUUGAUUGUACAGCAAUACCUCCAAGCAGAUCAAACUCAGAUAAUCUCUCCAGUCUGACUGAUAAACACCUGGACCCAGUCAGAGAGAAUCUGGGAAAGCACUGGAAAAAAUGUGCCCGUAAACUGGGCUUCACCGAACCUCAGAUUGAUGAAAUUGACCAUGACUAUGAGCGAGAUGGACUAAAAGAAAAGGUUUACCAGAUGCUCCAAAAGUGGCUUAUGAGGGAAGGCAAUAAGGGAGCCACGGUGGGAAAGCUGGCGCAUGCACUUUACCAAUGUUCACGAAUAGACAUUCUGCACUAUUUAAUAGUUGCCAGCCAGAACUAACCCAGUACAGAGCUUUGACAGCAUAAAGUAGACCCCUCCUCACUGGGUAAAGAACUCGGUGGAAAGUGUACUAUCUCAAGAGAGCUCAUAUCCUGGAGUAAAGAGGGCAGAAUUAUUUCCUCAUUGAUCCAUGUUCUGGUUCUGCAUGAAAACCAUUUUCUGUAUCUCAGAGCUGAAGAACAGGAAAAGAAAUCUGCAGCAAACAACUGAUCUUCAGGAAAAUGUAAGAAGGAAGACCAAUCAAUGCCCCAGGAACUAAUCAAAGAAGAAGCCUCAUUGAACUUGAGAUGGAAAGGAGAGAUAUUUGAGGAAGGUCAUUUUCCUUCAGUUCAUUGCUGUAAACUUCAGUUUUUCAAUUAAUUCCCUUUCUCUAUGCCUGAAGUUUUGUAAGAGCAAGAAAAAAUUAUUCAGAGACUAUGGCAACAUUCUUCUUUUAUAAACCUACUGCCAUUGAGUCAUUUCUGACUCAUAGCAACUCUUUAUAGGGUUUCUAAAGCUGUAAAUCUUUGCUGGGGCAGGUAGUCUUAUCUUUCUGCUACAGAGCAGCUGGUGGGUUUGAACCACUAGCCUUGCAGUUAGCUUACCCAAGAGCACCACCAGGGCUCCUUGGCCAUAAUCACAGGAGAGUAAAAUUCUAUGUUCUCUCUAAAUAGGCUUCUUGUAUCACAAUCAGUUUAUCUUGGACAUAGAUAGUUGACUUCAGUAUCAAAUAAAUGCUUAUCUAUUA